AAAUUUUGUUUAUAACUAUCUAUCGACAAAUCCUAUUGACCCCGGACAUGCCAACAGGGCGGAAUCAGGUCGGCAGGCUGAACAACGACUCUCCCGCGCGGUAUGCGGCAAGUUUCACGUCUUUCCUGGACGCCACUGAGAUGAGCGAAGAAUGCUACUACAACUUUUUUGGAUCAAAGGUCCCAGACUCUGUCCUGUGUGAGCCGGGGACGGACGUGCGUGUGCUGGGGAUAGGGAGUGGAUCAGGAGAAGCUGAUAGUAUCAUCACAAAGAAGCUCCUACAGCGCCACGAGGGUGUGUACAACAGGGUCGUGGAACCUUCAGGGGAAAUGAUUGAAAAAUACAAGGCAUUGGUACGUGAAGACACCAUCCUUCGUGCUGUGAAGUUUGACUGGCACCAGCAGACAACAGAAGAGUACUUCCAGAAGAAGGAAAACGCCAAGUUUCAUCUCAUUCAUGCCAUCAAUGUCCUGUACUAUGUUGAAGAUCCGGUCGCCACCUUGCGGAACAUGUGGGAACAACUGGCAGAUGGUGGCUACAUGUUAGUCACCAUGGAGUCAGAAAAGGGAGAUUGGGGGAAGUUGCAUCUCGAGCUGUGGAAGGAUUUCGGGCAAGGCGACCGCUUGGACACCUCGCUGCGCCUGUCCGGUGACGUUAAAAAGUGGCUUGACGCAAUGGACGCCACUUACGUCUCUUUCGAAAACAGAAUCGACGUCAACACCACAAAGUGUUUUGAUGAAAAGUCAGAGGAGGGAAUACUACUUCUCGACUUCAUCACACACACACCUUACACCUCCAGUGUGCCUGAGAUGCGAUCAAUGGCCUUAGAUUUCAUCAGACGACAUUCGUCCGUGGUGGAUGAUAAGAUCAUUUUCCUGUCAAUCGAAGAAACCAUCGUCGCCUUUAAGAAGGGGACAGAAAAGAAGUAAUGAUCUUGACUAGUGUGGGAGAGUUCGACUAAAAGUUAUCGGGUUAAAUUUGGUGGGAAACUUUUUAUUAUAUCUGAUCCUUACCUCUUCCCUCAUGACCUCAAUGAAAAGAAGCCUACAGGCCGAUUUUAGCUUCUCGUAAAUGAUGAAUGGUUUAGACAUGUAGGCCUGUAGACAGUCAGAUGUUAUAUUAUUACAGUGCAAUCCAAUAAAGAAAACACUCCUCAUUUAAUCCCUACUAAAUCUCUAGAUUCAUAAAUACUAAAUUACAAAUUACUGUCGAUUAGAGUAAUGUCGAUGUCUACGUACUAUGCAUGAUUGAAAGACGAAUUUGAAUUCUUAAAGUGCAAAAAAGGAUUUGUCUGAGAAGCAAACAAAGCAAACAUUAUAAAAAUUUGUAAUCAUAGUCCCGAUGCUUCUGCACUGUUAACUUCUAAAAAGAGCGUUUUUUUCUAGCCACGGUGCCAGGUUUCGAGCCCGCUACCAUGUUCAUUGUGUUGCUUGC